AGUUGGGACAUGGUCAACGCGUUCAGUACCCUUAAGUUAAACUUUGCAUUUAAGUUACUCAUAUAGUUGUUCGGAAUAAUCCACUCUCAGAAGCCAUGAAGGAUGAUGCAUUGCGCCAUGCCAUUCAGUCCAAAAUUAAAUCUUUUGAAGACAAUGGUACCUGGACUUUGGAAUCUUUACCUACUGGUAAGCGUGCUUUGGGUAGUCGCAAGGUGUAUAAAAGUAAGUAUAACUCUGAUGGGGUCAUUGAGCGGCUCGAAGAACGUUUAGUUGUUCUGGGUAAUCACCAAGAUGAAGGAAUUGACUAUAUUAAGAUGUUUGCUCCUGUGACUAAAAUGGUCACAGUUCGUGCUUUCUUGAAAGUGGCAGUUGCUAAAAACUGGGAGCUACACCAAAUGGAUGUAUACAAUACUUUUCUUCAUGGUGAUCUUCAUAAAUUUAAUAAGUUUACAUGAAGUAUCUUCCCAAUUGUCAGCCUCCUGAUUCUCCUAAUCAGUUGUGUCGAUUAAGAAAAUAUCUUUAUAGUCUCA